GGCUGCUUCAGCGUGCGCUCCAGCGAGAAGAAGCUGGCGUCCUCCAGACGAAACCCUGACAAAGAUAGAGGCCCAAUCUUUCUUCCUCCUCUCUUCUGCCUGUGAUCACCUGGGUGAUCUUCCAUGUGGGCCUGCUGUGCCUCCUCCCAAGACCUGUGAGUGUAAGAACUUUGUCUUUCUGAAUGUCUUGUCUGUCCUGCUCUUACGGCCAAUCAGCAAAGUGCUCUGGGCGUCGCUCUUUACCCAGCAGCAGCAGUGCCCUUCUGAGACGUUUGCUCAUCUGAUUGUCAGCUGCUCCACCUGGGCCCAGCUGAGAGGUCCUCGGCUGCCUGGAUGCCUCACGCUGUUGUCUGAGGAUGAGGCAUGA